AUGGAGCAAACGUUCAUGACCAUUCAUUCCACGGACCCUAACGCUGCUAUUUUAUUCGUGUCCGACUCAGUAUACGACAUACUGGGUUAUACCUCUCAGGAAGUGCAGGGCAGAUCAUGUUUUGACUUCUUCCACCCCGACGAGGUACCCUUCGCUCGCUCUAUCCAUAGCCGCGGCGUCUUGCUGGACAAGGCAGCAGUGCUUCACUAUGUUCGCAUCAGGGCACGCAAUGGCCAGUGGGUCAGCUGCGAAUGCUGCUUCACUGUCGUCCACGAUGUUUUGGUUGCAUGUACCAGUAUUUACCGCCGGGACGAAAAGAGUCACAGACGAGCCGUCGAAGCACCUCAGAUCCGUCGACUGUUUUCGAGUUCCCCUCGGGACCCUCGUUACCACAUGCUGGAGCAUCUGUCACCCAAGUUCAGAAUGCCUCCUGUGGAACGCGAGCCGCGCGCAGCUCUCAUCUUGAACAGAUUCACCCGCACCCUGACCGUCAUGUUCGCGACCAAUGCGGUCUCGUCAAUUCUCGGCGUCAGACCCGACCAGAUCAAAGACAAGAGCUUCUACGAAUGCAUACAGGAGAAUUGCUUGCCGGAUGCCAUCCGUUGCUUGGAGAGCGCAAAGGCCAAUGACUCGAUUGCCUAUCUAAGGUUUUGGUAUAGAGACCCGCGUCGGCCUGAAGAUUUUGGCAAUGGGGAGGAGGACGAAGAGCACAAUAGCGGAAAUUCUAGUGACUCUGAUGGCGGAGGUGUUCAACUCGAUGGUCGCAUGGACAUUGACGAUGAUGACAGUCCUGCGAUCAAACAAGAAGAUCAAGGCCGUCCGGAUAUGUCGAAUCACAGCUCUGCAAACCAAACAGCAACCACAAACGCCUCGGGCUCGAGCAACCAAACGCAACACACUGCAGCUACCACCGCCCCGUCAGUUGACGGAUCGGCGGCCCAGGCAUCGACGCCCGCGGAACCCAUGCGAGACCGUCGGCGGGAACCACCCCAGGCUUUUGAGCUCGAGGCUGUUGUGUCAUGCACGUCCGAUGGUCUGGUUGUUGUCAUUCGCAGAGCGCGCCCACCGAUUCCAGCACCUCACCCGCCGUUGGUCGUCCCGACUUACACCAAUGGUCUUUUUGCUGCGCCUUGGGGUCAACAUCCCAUCCGGCCUCAAGUCCCUCAGGAGAUGCUCUAUACCUUUAGGCCUCCUCUCAUGCCUCAAUACAUGCCUUUGCAAGACAACGUUAUGGCUGCUGGGGGUCCACCUGUAGAUCAUCUUAUGAGUUCCAUCAGAGACGUUGCGGUUUUUGCCUGGGCACUGGUGGGAAUCAAUGGCAAUCUCGCCACGUACACGCGAGGAAUGCCACGCGGCGAAUCUCAGCCAGACGGGCUGCCUGUCUGGGAUCCCAGUGCGGGAAGUGCUGCUUUGCAUGGACCGGAAAACCAGGCGGUUCGUCGAUGGGCCCAAUACGACAAGGAGAAGGCCUUUGGCCCGUCCUCAUCAGCUUACCAGCAGUCAUACUCCCAAGGCAUGCCAUCCGGUUAUGGCCAUGUGCCUCAGAGUGGGAUGAGCAGCUACAUCUACUCUCAGCCACCGCCGCCCACAUGGCCUGGUCUCCAGCCCGCCUACACAUCGGCAUAUGACCCUUACCCGCGGAACAACAGCCAUCGAGACCAGCAUCACCAACAUCAUCAGCAGCAACGGAACCACGACUUACAGCAGAGCCAUCAACAGCACCAACAACCGCAAGGCUUUGGCCAACAAGGAGCGCUAGAAAAUCAUUCAUGGGGCGAAGUGCCCCCACCGUACAACGGCCAAGGCCAGGCUAAUGGUAAUUCCAAUGGACAAGUCAGUGGAAAUGCCGGUGGACAAUCAAACGGACAAACCAAUGGGCAAUCCAACAGACGUGUCGAUGGAAACGCCGGCAAUGGCCUAAACACAUCGGCCGGACUAAAUGAUCCAUCUCAUGGUUAUCGUUACCCAUGGCAGUAG